AUGGGUCCUCUCGAAGCUCGAACGCUUCAGCCUCGCUGGAAUGGCAGCGAUCUUGUUGCGCCGGAAUGGUUGAAUAACGGAGACAAUGCCUGGCAGCUCACGGCUGCGACUCUGGUUGGCCUGCAGUCGCUGCCUGGUCUGAUGGUCAUGUAUGCUGGUCUGGUGAAGAAGAAGUGGGCGAUCAACAGUGCCUUUAUGGUGCUGUAUGCAUUCGCCUCCACUCUGAUCGCCGCAUUCGGUGAAUACAUGCUGCCGUUCGUCGGAGUACCAGGACCGGCCGUCGCGAUGGACUAUGAGCUUUCGCACGCCACCUUACCCUCAGCCAAUGAAGAGGCAGCCUAUGGCAUGUCGACCAUGGUUUAUUUCCAGUUCGUCUUCGCCGCAAUCACUGUGGUGCUCAUAGCUGGAGCCGCGCUGGCGCGAAUGAAUUUCCUGGCAUGGGCUAUAUUCUGUCCGCUCUGGAUCACACUGUCGUACACCGUCGGCGCGUACAGUAUUUGGGGCGGUGGGUUUCUUUUCAACAUGGGCUGUCUCGACUACUCUGGCGGAUAUGUCAUCCAUGUGUCGUCCGGUAUGGCUGGGUUUACGCUUGCCUACUGGAUCGGUCCUCGCCACCCACGCGAUAGGAAUGACUUCCAUCCCAACAACAUGCUGCUUGCAUUGGUCGGUGUCGGACUGCUCUGGCUGGGAUGGAAUGGCUUCAACGGUGGUGAUCCAUACACGGCAUCGCCUGAUGCUGGGGCUGCAGUGCUCAACACAAACAUUUGCACAGCGAUGAGCAUGCUUGUCUGGAUCCUGAUGGAUGUCAUCUUUUUCAAGAGACCUUCCGUGAUCGGGGCCAUUCAAGGCAUCAUCACAGGCCUGAGGUUCUUCUUGGAGUUCUGUGACGACGUGUUGGGCGACUUCCAUACGCAUCUCGUUGGCGGCAUAGUCGGUGGCUUCUUGACAGGCCUUUUCGCUACCAGCGAAGGUGUUCAAGCAUUUGCCCUAGCUGCUCCGGGUGGCGCAAUCGAUGGCAACGGUCGUCAGGUUUGGGUCCAGAUCGUUGGAUUUCUCUUCAUCAUCGGCUGGAAUGGCUUCUGGACCAGUGCCAUCUGCUUGUUCAUCAAGUAUGUGCUGCGAGUGCCGUUGAGAUAUGACGAAGACACUCUACUCAUUGGUGAUGAGGCAAUCCACGGCGAGAUCCCAUAUGCUUUCUUCCACGACGGAAAGCACGACUAUGACGCGAAGUAUGGUCAGCCAAACCCAGGUGUACUGCAAGGUCACGACCCAGAGGGAGGCGUCGCCAGCUCCAGCCGUAGUAAUGGCAGUGGCGACGAGGAUAAGAUUGGAAAGUCGGAAUGA